UUUUGUUUUUAAAGAGAAAGAGCAUUCUGAAUGGGAAGAAGCCCAGCCCUGGGGCGUCUGAGUCCCUCCAACCCAGCAGCCAGGAAGUUGGAAACUCUGGGAAGGGGUCUGGGAUGCUAUCAGAGGUCAGGUGGCAGACUAGCUGCAGCCGCAAGAGAAAGUUCCGCACGGCGUGGGGUCUCCUCCACUAAUAGGCCCGAAAGAGGAAGCGGCGGGGGCUUUAAUCGGCCCCAGCAACCUCAUAGCUUCACUACCUUAAACCGAGAAAAAAACAGGCUUCACACCUACUCCCUCCUUCCAGGAAGGGAAAGAAGGAGCGAAGGGAGCGAAGGAGCAGGACGACUCGACCACUCUUUCAGCUCUAGCGCUCUGCUCGCAAGCACUCGAGAUGCCCGGGGAGGACGCAGAGCCUCGCGGCCGCGGGCCCGAUACUUACGUUCAGCUUUGGUCCCCGCUCCCUGGCUCCGGAGAGACCGCGCGAGCCCCGGCUGCGCUCGCGGGUCCCGGGAGCCCCGAAUCCGCUGUCUGGCGGCGGCUGCGGCUGAGCGUCCGGCCCGGCAAUUAGAGGGACGGGGACGGCGAUACCCCGGCCGGCUCCCGCCUUCCGGCCCCCAUCAACAGGCUCUAAAGGGCUUCAGACUUACUCAUUUCCUGGAUGUCAAAGAAACUUUUCCUCCUUAUAAGAACAAAACACCCGCCUCUACUCCCGGCCGCGGAGGCUCCUUAAGGUGGACCAUGAGGGGUAGGAGGGGCUGGACCCAGGGUCCGCCAGGGCGGUCUGCCCAUCGACCACCCCAGAAACUCCAGAGGGGACAGCAGAACUGGAAGGUGAUCGGGCGAGACGGAAUCUGGCUACUGGAGUAAUCUGGGGCGAAUGGACAGGGAGUCAGGGGAAGACGCCCUUAAAAGUCGUUCUGGGCCGGCGGAAAGGAAGGGGUUAAGUUCCAGCACGCCUACUAGCGUUUUCCGCGGCGCGUUUUACAAGCUGUGGAAUUCCAGGGGCCACCUAUUUUGUCCUCUGGAGGGAAAUAUAAAUCGAGACCCAACGCUGGCUCUUUUCUCU